AUGCGUCUGAUCAAGAACAGGAUUGAGCAUGGUGGCUCGGGCAUGGUCACACUAUGCCCUGAGGAGCCCGAGGAUAUGUGGCACGCAUACAACCUAAUCCGCCCUGGUGAUCUAAUCCGCGCAAGUGCCAUUCGUCGUGUUACCACUACCCAAGAUACCGGCUCAACCUCUUCCAACCGAGUCCACCUUACCCUCGAGAUCCGCGUCAAGAGCCUCGACUUUGACCCUCAGAGCUCCCAACUCCAUGUGUCCGGACAGAUCAUCAACGAGACAGCACACACCAAAAUUGGCCAGUUCCAUACCCUCGACUUGGAGUUGAACCGCAACUUCACUUUAGAAAAGGAGAUUGGUGCGGAUGGCGAGGGUGUCGGAUGGGACAGCAUUGCCGUGGAGCAGCUCAAGGAUGCCGUGGAUGAGGGUGGAAAGCGUCGUGCUGAGGCUGUUGCCGUCGUUAUGCAGGAAGGGAUGGCUCACAUAUGUUUCAUCGGGCAAUUCCAGACGAUCAUGAAGCAGAAGAUUGAAAUGUCUGUGCCGCGAAAACGCCAGGGUGGAGGUGAUCAUGAUAAAGGAAUGAACAAAUUUUUCCGUGUGACACUGGAGACCCUUCUGCGACAGAUGGAAUUCAACACUAGCAUCACUUCCGGAUCGAACAAUGAGUCUGUACGACCGGUGCUUCUUGCUUCGCCGGGGUUCGUCGCCACUGGUUUCCACAAGUACAUUCAGUCUGAAGCAUCAACGACAAUGCCUGGAUUGAAGCGAUUGCUACCCAGCAUGGUGGUUGUGCAUUCUGCUUCUGGAUAUCUGAACUCGCUCUCCGAGGUUCUCCAGUCUCCGGCUGUCAAGGCCCUCCUUUCCGAUACAAAGUACGCCCGUGAAACUAAAUUGAUGGACGAUUUCCUAGAUCAAUUACGCAAGGAGACGAACAAAGCUACCUACGGUCCGCGUGAGGUCGAGUCAGCUGUUGAUCAAGGCGCCGUCGGGCGAGGUGGCGGUGUGCUCAUUAUGUCGAACCGUCUUUUCCGGUCGCAAGACGUUGCUGAGCGGAAACGAUGGGUAUCACUCGUGGACCGGGUGCGAGAUGUAGAGGGCGGAGAGGUGCGCAUUUUGAGUUCUGAUCACGAGAGUGGAAAGCGUCUAGAGGGUCUUGGGGGUAUUGCAGCGCUCUUAACUUUCCCUGUCGCUGAUGACGAUCUGGGUUCCGAUGAAGAGUAG